AUGGCAGCGAACGAAAAAGACAGAGUGCCGCACCUGAUGUCUGGGGCGCGGAUGGGCCUUGACGUCAUAUCGUCGUUGGAGGGCAUGGUGACUGAUGAGGGCGAGGUGUUUGACAGCUGCUUUCGGGAGCUGGUGCGGCACGAACGCUGCGCGUGCCGCCAACGAGGUGAUCUGAUGGAGGUCAUGAGAGGGCAUUACGCCAGUCUUGUUGAGGAAGUGGUGAAGCAUCUAUCCAGACUCAAGGGGUCGCUGGAGACCACGCUCGCAGAGGAGGAGAGACUAAAGCAACAAGUUUAUCACGUGCAGCGAUUGGCAAAGCUCCUGGCGGAAGAUGCCAAGGUUAACGACGAUCAUCGCCAGAAGCUAGCCAGCAUGGCACCGACCGAACUCGAGCUGUAUAUUGAUUCGCGAAUCCGACCAGGAGCAACGGCAGCCAACGCCACUGUUCCUUCCCCUACGCCACCUACCAAGAAGAACGGUGAGGGAGGGGCGGGCAACGCAAAAGAAGGUAGUGCCAGCAGCAUCAGCGGCCCUGCCAACGAAGAGACUGGCGGCAACGCUGCCCCAAGGGAGAGCGUCGAGUCGCUGGCAGGAGUGCUGAGCGAGGUGCGCCCAGCCCACCGAGUCGAAGCAAGAAAUGCCACCGAGGAAACGGACAGGACGCGCCACAUGAUGGCUUCAAUGAAGGUGGACAUGCUGCAAGAUAUGAUCGAGGAGAGAGCGGCAGCCAGACGAGAGCAAGAGCGACGGGAGAAAUGGAGGCAGUACAACGCCGCCACUGCCAUUAAGAACUGGUGGAGAAAAGUGAAUCCUCCUGAAUGGGAGGAUGAGGAUCGCCAAUACGCUGCCACGUUGAUACAGGCCAACAUCCGCGGGAAGAUCGCACGCAUCAUGCGUAAGCGUCUCCUAGAGGAGUUCAGGAUGACGCGGGGGGCGAUCAUGUUACAGAACAUGUAUAGGAGGUACCUCGCCGUUCGGGAACGAAGGAGAAGGGCGAGAAUAGUCAAGCUUGCCCUCGGGUCGGGCCUCCGCACCCUAGGAAGAGCCAUGAACGAGCUAGAGGCGAAAGCGGCUGCUUUGCAGGCUUGCGAGCAGUCGAGGAAAAAACGCGGCACCAAAACUAGCGGGGUCCUCGACGACUCGCCACCGUCGCCCGCCGGGCUAGCCACGGAACGGACGGUGGAAGCCGUGACGGAUGGAAUCGGCGGAAUCGGUGAAAAGCUGAAAGAGGACAGUGUGCCGUCUCUCGUUGCUCGGCUCAAGGCCUUGGAACACGUGCUGGAGCAAGAGGAGGAACGCCAUCGUAGGGAGUUGUUGGCCGAUAGUGAAGGGGAACACGGGAGUGGUGGUUGGCGCAAUUCGUCGGCAAGUGCCAACAGCUCGGCCGGUGGGGCUCGGGGGGUACCUAAACGGAGACGCUAG